UCCGUCACAAAGUUUACAUUCCAAAAUACACGAAUAAAUAGAUAAAAUUCAAAAGUCAAAUGGAUUAUCUAAACUGGCUGAUCAGUGGCAGCACCGGGGCCACAACUCCGGCUGUUCCGGAGUUGACGGCUCUCGAAAUUUCCCGUCAAAAACAUAUUAAAGCCUUGAAAUCAUCUUCUUUACGAUUGAUAGAAUAUGAAAAAGACAACAAAUUCCAAAUUUUUAUGAUUGAAAAUGCAGACAUCUCUUUACACUUACAUUUAGGCAAGUUGUUUCCCCAAGAAAAACCCACCAUUCAAAUUUCAGAACCUUUAAAGCAUCCAUGGAUUGACAUGGAAAGUUUAACUAUAGCUAACUGCCCUGCUCUAAAUAACUUCACCAUACAUUCAGAUCUGAGUCGAAUAUUGAAAGAAAUCAUUAGCGAACUAAAUUCUGUCUAUAUGCUAGAAUCAAAAAACAGCAACUACACUGUUAUGCAACAUCAACAAAAUCAACAACAACAACAUCAGUUACCAGCAACAACGUCAUCUUCGUCAUCGGUGACGUCAUCAUCGUCGCCAUCAAUAGCACAUGGAGAUACUGAUUACGAGUCAAUUACAAGAGUUCAAGAUCUUGAUAAAUUAAGCCUAGAAGAAAUAAUAGACAUACUGAGCGAUGAUGAGAAGUUGAGUAGAUUGACAACGGCUUGCCAUAGAAAGCAAAUCGACACCUACAAGCAUAGAUUAGAAAGUAUGGAACAGCAAAUUGAACAUUUUGCUGAAUCAAAUAUGAAACUGAAGAAAGAGAUGGAACUUAAAAAAUCAUCAUUUAUCGAAACCCAUAAAGCAUGGCUGGAGAUGAAAGAUCACUUAUCAUGUGCAUGGGACGGGUACGAACAGCAGCUGACUUCAUCUCAGCUGUUCAGCAGCGACGGCAACAGCAGACAGCUCGGUAACGGCUGUCAGCAGCUGUCGUUGCUGCCCUUGCUGGACAAUGUCAAGGUCGUCGCCAUGGAAGCCGAGGAAGAAGCAGAUGCUGUUGCUGAAGAAUUUGUUAAUGAUAAGAUGACUGUUGAUGCUUUUGUGAACACAUUUCUAGAAAAAAGAAAGCUCUUCCAUACAAGAAAGAUAAAAGAAGAAAAAUUAGCCCAAUUGAUUUAUAAUGGGACGUUUAGAUGGGUCUUGAGAUCCGCUCUGAACUUCGUAAGUAAUGGAGAAGCAGUCAGAGAAGGAGGUAGAGAGUUCCAGAGAAAAGAGCCUAAAAAAGCAAAUGCAGAUUUAGCAUAA